CCCUGGUUUUCCCCUUUGUUUUGAGGGCGAUUCGGUUUAUGUCUUGGGGUCAGUUGGGCGAAAACUUCACGCCGAUGUCAUUUGUUUUGGUAUGCGAAGUCGAUUUGUUGCUUGUCUUGUUCUUGGAGACUUUGAGUAGGCGAAAAUUUGAUGUGUCGGUUCGAUUCGGGUUGUUGUCGUAGAUUUAGGGAGACAUGCCUUAUUGCUUCUUGUAGCACUAACCUUCCUGUGCGUGGAUGUAUUAUGGCCUAUUCUUUCUGCUCUAUUAUCGGAAGGAUUAAUUAGAUGUCUAAUUGUAUAGAUUGUCUGGCCUCUGAUUCUUUCCUUUUCGGACUUCACUUUUUGAGUUUGCGAUAACUUCUUCAUAUAUUGCUAUGACUUCUAAAAAGUUUCUAUCCCUUGAGACUAUUUAGUUACUAUUUUUCAUGAUGGAUUGGUCACUGUGAGCAAUACAUGGCAAGUUUGACAUUCUCUCGUAAUCUUGAGGCAUAUAGUCCAAGUAGAGAACUUGCUCUUUGGGCCACAUUGCUAAUUACGGGUUGCAGUGAGAAGUUGGACUAGAAACAGGUUUCUGUGGCUUCUAAAAGCAGUGUGUCUAUGGACAUCCCUGAAUCCCAAUGGACAGAAGAUGAAUUCUGCGCUGUGGGUACCGAAACAGAUCGCAUCCCGUCAUGCAAGUCUUCUGCCUCUUCUGGUGUUAAGGCGGGCAUAUCCUCCGGCAGUAGCGUGCAUGAACUUCUUGAGUGCCCAGUUUGCACAAAUUCUAUGUUCCCUCCCAUACACCAGUGUCCAAAUGGUCACACUCUUUGUUCAAGCUGCAAACAGAGAGUACACAAUCAUUGCCCUACUUGUCGCCAAGAAUUGGGAAAUAUCAGAUGCUUGGCUCUUGAGAAGGUUGCAGAAUCGCUGGAGCUACCGUGCAAAUAUCAACACCUGGGUUGCUCAGAAAUACAUCCAUAUUAUAGCAAAUUGAAACACGAGCAGCUAUGCAGGUUCAGGCCCUACAAUUGUCCCUAUGCCGGUUCAGAAUGCCUGGUCACUGGUGACAUUCCGAUGCUUGUUACCCAUCUGAAAAAUGAUCACAAAGUGGACAUGCAUGAUGGGUGCACAUUUAACCAUAGAUAUGUCAAACCAAAUCCUCACGAGGUCGAAAAUGCAACAUGGAUGCUGACCGUUUUCAGUUGUUAUGGGCAUUAUUUUUGUCUUCAUUUUGAGGCCUUUCUCUUGGGAAUGGCUCCAGUUUACAUGGCAUUCCUAAGAUUUCUCGGCGAAGACAGCGAGGCAAGGAACUUCAGCUACAGCCUUGAGGUGGGUGGCAAUGGCCGAAAACUUAUAUGGCAAGGAGUGCCGAGGAGCAUAAGAGACAAUCACAGGAAGGUCCGAGAUAGCUACGAUGGGUUGAUCAUCCACCGGAACAUGGCCCUCUUCUUCUCCGGCGGCGACAGGCAAGAGCUGAAGUUGCGAGUGACCGGUCGUAUCUGGAAAGAACAGUAACAUGUCUUCUGGCCGCUGUGGCUCCUAAACAUCGGUGGAGUAAAGAGUAGGAUCCUGGUUAGCUGGUAAACUGGUUCGGCUCUAGUGAUUUAGCAUGCAUCUUUGGAUAUGUCAAAACUCUUUCUUGUAUGAUAAUCUAAAAGCUCUGUUGAUUCA